UGCAUGCACCCCUGAACCUUGAGAUCAUAUAUUAUCAUCAUGUGGAUGUUGAUUCUUGUUAUUUAUGUUAUGUUAUUCUAAUUUUAUCAUUUUCUGUUUCAGCCAUAUGUGGAAAUGAGCAUCUGGGUCUAUUUAAUGAUGCUUUCUAAUUCUAUUUUAAGAUGUGCAUUCAUAUGAUUAUUUCUUUUCCUGUUUUCCAUAUGUAUCAUUACACUUUUUUUUAAGAAAAAAAAGACAGAAUAAUAUACCCUGUUGGCUUAUGAUGUUGUUUAAAAAACUGAAAACUCGUCAUGAGAAAGAUAGCUUGAAUCCUGAGUGGAAUGAAGAAUUGACACUCUAUAUUAAGGAUGUUAAUAUUCCCAUUCAUCUUACGGUUUGUGACAAAGACACUUUCACCAAGGACGACAAGAUGGGCGAAGCGGAUAUCGACUUGAAGCCAUAUCUUCUGUGUGUGAAGGUGGGAUUAAGCGAGCUGCCAGAGGGCCAUGUGGUGAAGAGGAUUGAACCAAAUGACUCUAACUGCCUUGCUGAAGAGAGCAAGAUCAUAUGGACUAAUGGGAAAGUAAUCCAAUAUAUGACCUUAAAAUUGAGAAAUGUUAACACUGGUGAGCUUCAUGUGGAAAUUGAGUGGCUUGAUGUUCCUGAAUCCAAGGGCUUAUCUGGGGUUCCACUUUAGAUCUGUUUUCAUUUUCAUUAUCAUUCCCUUGCUUUAGUAGUACUUGUGUUAUGUAUUUAUCAUGUUGUUAUCACAAACUAAGAUUUUGUUAACAUAUAACCCAUCUUAUUAUGGAGUGAGAAUUAGGAUGAGUUGCUGAUAUAUCAUGUUUUGUUGGUAUUUAACUAUUUAUGAUCAUAAGGAUGAUCUUCAAAUAUUUAUAUUCAUGUCUUACAACAUAUUCUAAGUUUAUCCCCUUCCGCAUUUCAUAGUUUCAUGAAUUUAUCAAUUAGGUGAUGUACUGUGUACCAGUUUGUAUACUAAUUUACAGUUCAUCUAGGUAUCAGAAAUCAAAACACCAUGGAUAUACUUUUCACAUAAUGUUAGAAGUCAUAUUGCGUUCCAUGUAACUAUAUAGCUAUAUUAGAAUUAUCUUCGUUCUUAUUUA